GAGCAGGGAGCGCGGGGUGGCGGCGGCGCAGGAACCUGGAGGGUAAAAGGAAGCCUGAAGACCCAGAGGCCACUUAGUGUCCCUGAGUGGGGUGGAAGUAGAGCUCCAGAGUCAGAAGAAUGCAUGGCUUGAACUGGGAACCCUCUCAGGAAGUUGUGAUCCAGCCAACUGGUGCCCUUCUACCUGGGACAACCCCUCAAGAGAGGCUCUGCAGAGCACAGGAAGUUCCUAGUACACAGGACAAGGAGUUUGGUCUCCUGGCCGACUCCCCACUUCUGGCUGCUCAUGCCACUGGGACUGGGGCGAAGGAAAAAGGCACCACCUCUGGUGGAAAAUGAGGAGGCGGAGCCAAGCCGAAGUGGGCUGGGCGUUGGGGAGCCUGGGCCCCUGGGUGGAAGCGGAGCAGGGGAAUCCCAGAUGGGCUUGCCCCCGCCUCCUGCUGCCCUCCGGCCUCGACUCGUAUUCCAUACCCAGCUGGCCCACGGCAGCCCCACAGGCCGCAUCGAGGGCUUCACUAAUGUCAAGGAGCUGUACGGCAAGAUCGCUGAGGCCUUCCGACUACCAGCUGCUGAGGUGAUGUUCUGCACCCUCAACACCCAUAAAGUGGAUAUGGACAAGCUCCUGGGGGGCCAGAUCGGGCUGGAGGACUUCAUCUUUGCCCAUGUCAAGGGGCAGCGCAAAGAGGUGGAAGUAUUCAAGUCUGAGGAGGCUCUGGGGCUUACCAUCACUGACAACGGGGCCGGCUAUGCCUUCAUUAAGCGCAUCAAGGAAGGCAGUGUGAUUGACCAUAUCCAGCUCAUCAGCGUGGGUGACAUGAUUGAAGCCAUCAACGGGCAGAGCCUGCUGGGCUGUCGGCAUUACGAGGUUGCCAGGCUCCUCAAGGAGCUGCCCCGAGGCCGCACCUUCACCCUCAAACUCACAGAGCCUCGAAAGGCCUUUGGUGAGCCAUCCUUGCACCCUGGACCACCCACUGGGAUGACCUUGAGCUCUUACGAAAUACAAAUUGCAGUCCUGGGAACCACCAGCAGGUGGCACCCAAACCCUCAAUGCAAAGUGGGGACAGCCCCACCCUACCCUAGAACUGAGUGCUGGCUGACAGCCCAGCCUGAAGGAAGUUGCCCCCACACCCGACUUCCAGGAGCCAUUAGCCCAGGCAAGUGCCCCCAACCCUGGCCAGCCCCCUCAGCCUGGAGAAGUGAGGCUUGGCUGCCUUGUACAGCUCCCAUGCCCUGCCCCCAUUUCUACCUGGCUUCACUAACUCUCAGGAAUGGGCCUGAGGCGCCCCUGGUGUGGGUAGAAAGAGCUUAUCUGGGACUCAGCAGUUGUACUCACCCUUCUCAACCCUCAGCCCUUCAAACAGAAGCUACCCUCCAUUCUCCAGCUGCUUUUCUGCCUAUCGCCAGCUGCCCCUCAAACUCCAUGCAAAAUCCUGCCUUCCUGGAACCUAGCCCCUAGCCCAAGGAGCCUUCAGACUUGGAGGUGGUGAGAGGCGGCUGUGUAAAGCCUAGGUACCUGAGUACUGUGCUUACUGUGUGCUGACACUCCCCGCUACCUUUACC